GUUAUAUGGCAGCAAACGUUGAUGAGCGUGCCGCCUGUGUUCACUGGUGGUUGAAUAUCUGCUAUGACGUCGUAAGGUCUAUUGCAGUGCCCUGCGCGCAUGGGAAAAUGUUGGUCUCGAUCGAGCGCGCUGCAUUUUCAUUCAACGCGGACAGACCUGUGAUUGCUUGAUAGGCCAACAGUAUUACCUUCGCCGUCCCCGAAACGUCGAACCUCCUCGGUGUGAUUUCAAAAUGGCACCAGAUCUUUCGGAGGCGCUGCAGCUCAUUGAUGCAGCUCAUAGCGAGGAUCCGAACAAGGUCGAAAUAAACGGGCAUUCGAUACCUUACGAGCUGCAUUAUGCCCAAAAGAUGACCAAGUACCUCGACCUGCAUACACCGGACGCCGACGCGCUCGUGCGAACGGCCGCUCGAGCCCAGCACUUCCGCAGGUGGGAGAUUCCUCGCGACUCUUAUCCCAAGACGAGACCUGGUUAUUUUGCAUGGAGGACAUUUCUGAAAAAGCGGCAGGCAGAACAAGUCAAACAAUUAUGUCUGAGGUGCGAUUACAGUGUCGAAGAGGCAGAUAAGGUGGCUGCGCUGAUAGCAAAGGAAGAACUCAAGAAGGGCGAAGGCAAGGGCGAUGCGGACGCUCAAGUCAUUGAGGAUGUGGCCUGUCUGGUUUUCCUGGAUGAUCAAUUCGACGAGUUCGAAAAGAAUCACGACGAGGACAAAAUCAUCAGUAUAUUACAAAAGACUUGGGUCAAGAUGGGCGACCGCGGUCAUCAACUUGCUUUGGCCAUGGAUCUGAGUCCUCGCGCGAAAGAGCUCGUUGGGAAGGCAUUGGCCGGCUGAUUUUACAUUCUCAAAGACCGCGCAAGAGCAUGACAACUCCGUCGUCUCAGGCCAGCGAGCAUGACUGCAGCAAUCUCCAAACGGAACCCGGCACAGUUCAUACUUGUGUCAUGUUGCGCAACCAGCAUGCAAGCAACGAAGUAUGUUUUGAAAGAUUGGAACAAAACCCUGCUUAGAAGUCUGUGUGCCUCGUUUCAGCUGCAUUCUUCAAGAGUGCAGAACUGGCAUCGGUUGGUCAGCGGAUGACUUAAAAGAAAUACGGGCAUCGUGCAGUGCGACUAUCAGAGCACUGUCAUCCGGCACAUCAACGCUCGAUUUGAGAG